AUGCCCCCCAGAACAAUAAGGCAAAAUCCCGUCUUCAAGGAACUCACAGAGAUCCAACGAUACACGGACGUGUGUCCAAACCCGCAAGACUCCGACUUCACCACCUGUCGAGCAAAGAGGCGCGACGGAGGACGAUGCAGAAACCCCCCAUGCACGCAAUACGAACGAUGGCAAAUCCCAAGUCUGCUGUCCGAGUUCCGUGACAUGACGGAAUGUCCUGAUACGGACAGCUUCUACAAUAAGAUGGAGACCUUUGUCACUUAUACGCACUGCAAAAGGUGGCACCGCCCUGUGGCCUGUCAAGCUUUCAGCGAGUGGAAGAGGGAAAGGAUCGCGAAUAGACGCAGCGUACGGCAACGUCCUGCGCGGGUUGCGAGGCCGAGGCCUGCGCCGGCUGUUAUACAACCGAUCAAUGCUCCCGUCGUCGUGCCCGUCAUACAGCCAAUAACGGCGGCAGCACUCCAAAUGCUCCCCUCGACGCCCAGAGUACAUGUACCAUCGUCAGCAAGUGCAACAUCGGACGAUGGAAGCUCUUCUUUCAACGAGAGUGUUGCGGAAACUCGUUCGCUGGCCAGCAACACCACGUUCAUGAGCUCUCCCCAUCAUACUCCCUUGCGCAAUGGAACAGUUUCUGCUUUUGAGAUUCAGGAUAUCGUCGAAGAAGUCACUGUUGUUGAAGAAACUGUCCCUGAGACGAGGACGGUUGGUCAGAAUAGGCUUCGCUAUGAAGUUGUUGCUGUCGAGCAAGCCCCUCUUGUUCAGGCGGGUUCUAGUCAACCAAGUGUCACUGUGAGGAUGCCUGUGCAAGAUGAAGCUCCCCGCCAGAAUACUCCCCAAGAUGAUGAUCAGAGAGUGCAAGACUCAGCUCUGACCCUUGGUAUGCACGACGCACUGCCCCAAGAAGACAGCGGCACCGGGGAAGAUGCUUUCGUCAAAGCGCUUGGGAUCACCGGCCUGCAUCGCAACGGAUCGGUAAGAGACCACUCACCGGUAUUCCAAAUCAUCAACAGCCAUCCCACAUCAGAAAAGAUGAAGGAAGGCGUAGUCUAUAUCCUCGAACACAACGAGAACCCGUCGCUCUUCAAGAUCGGCUGGUCAAGCAAGAGCGCAGAAGAGCGCCUGCACCAGCCUAAUAACUGCUACGGCACCAACACGCGAGUCAUCUACGAGACGAAAAGAUUCGCCGGUGCACCUCACGCGGAGAGGAUAUCUCAAAUCAUACUCCGCCACGCCAACAUUCGCGUCUUGGAAUGCUCUCAAUGCAGAGGGGGCCACAGAGAGUGGUUCGCUGCGAACAGGGACACGGUGCGCGAGACGGUCACGUCUGUCGAGGAAUUUGUCCAGAUGCCGGCUUAUACUCUGCAAAAUGGGGAGUACAAGCUUUCGCCAGAAGCAUAUGAUCGAGUGGUCAAGCAGAUGUGUGACUUUUCUGUCCUGAGACUUGGGGAGCUCAUGAGAGGGCCCAGGGAGGCGGUUGACGAAGAACCGUCUACUGUUUCACCCGGCAUGUCAACAGCAGCCAUAUUCAUACCUCCGCCCCAAAUCUGCGAGAGUCCUACAGAGAUGACUGGCUACGACAGCGACGUCCAUCAAUCCGAGAUACAGCAAGUUGACGAAAGCUCUAUCUCCCCGUCUUUGCACAGCACCAAGCCUCAGAAAGAGCUGUCCGCUGGCACAAAGCUGGCGAGGAAGAUGAAGCGUCUCUUUGCUGCCGGAGACUCCGCCAAAAGAUACUUUCUAAGACCUCGAGAGCCAAAGACGCAGACGAGUGAUGGUUCCAAGCGCGCAUUUGGUUCGGCGAUUGUUGACCUGAAAGGUAAGGCGCGCGAAGCGGGCACAAAGGCGCGGCAGGAGGCUCGAGAGUUUCGGAGAGAUUUUAAAGAGGAACUGCGUCGCAAGAGCGAAGAGUAG